UAUUCAUUCACAUCACUUUCCGCGAGUGCUUCCGUCAAACAGCUGUUGUUAAGUUGUUGGAUUGUUUGGUUGUUGUAAGGGCACGAAUAUUCACGAAGUACUAUUGUUAUAGCUGAGAUAAUUAUUUCGAAACAUCACUAUCGAUUGCGUGGUGUAGAUAAAUCAGUUUUUGCUCUUUGUGCGUCGAUAUAAGAUACCUUAUCGCGUAAUUAUUUUAAUCACUUUUUUUAUAAACAACUUGUUACCACUGCAACUGUGAACUUGGUACUCUAUUGUGUUUGUGUUUGAAUAAAUUAGCAAAAUGACGCUGGGUAUCACAAAUUUGAAACCCAAAUCAACUAGUGUCGCUGAGGCGGUGCAAAAGGCACGAGACACAUACAACAGAGGCGUUACUCGCCCCUUAAAAUGGCGUCUUCAACAACUGAAGAACCUCCUUCGAAUGUACGAGGAGAACCGCAACGCCAUGAUAGAGGCCCUCCACAAGGAUCUAAGGAGGAGCAAGAUGGAAGCUGUCCUGCUAGAAGUGGAUUACCUCAUUAAUGAUCUGAAGAAUACCAUUCACAAUUUGGAGAAAUGGGCUAAGCCUGAGAAGCCAGAAAAAGGCUUCGUGAACAUGCUGGACGAGGUGGUGAUCUACAACGACCCCUACGGCGUGGUCCUCGUCAUCGGCGCCUGGAACUACCCCCUACAGUUGCUGCUGCUGCCCAUGUCUGGCGCCAUCUCGGCUGGUAACGCCGUCAUUGUCAAGCCCAGUGAACUGGCUUCGGCCUGCGCUGCUUUUGUAGCUGAGACGCUGCCUAAGUAUCUGGAUAGUGAUGCCGUAAUCGUGGUAGAAGGUGGUCCGCAAGAAACCACGGAGCUCCUUCAGCAGAAGUUCGACUACAUCUUCUUCACGGGAGGCACCAGCAUUGGCAAGAUCAUCUACGAAGCUGCCGUGAAGAACCUUACACCAGUCACUCUUGAACUUGGAGGCAAAAGCCCCACCUACAUAGACAACACAGUAGACAUGAUGGUGACAGCCAAACGCAUCCUCUGGGGCAAGUUCAUCAACAGCGGCCAGACAUGUAUCGCUCCCGACUACGUUCUAUGCACCAAGGAGGUGCAGGACAAGUUCAUAGCGGCCGCCAAGAAGGUCCUCAACGAGUGGUAUGGAACCGACCCUCAGAAGUCACCGGAUCUCGCCAGGAUUAUUAAUAGCAGGCAUUUUAGCCGUCUCCAAGCCCUAGUCGACGCCAGCAAAGAUAAAAUCGCUAUCGGAGGGUCGUACGACGCGAACGACAAGUUCAUUGAGCCAACAAUUCUCACCAACGUUGUGGCCUCAGACAAAAUCAUGCAGGAUGAAAUCUUUGGACCCAUCCUCCCUAUUGUACCCAUUGAAAACGCUUUCGAAGCAAUUCAAUUUAUCAACGAGCGGGAACAUCCGUUAGUGCUAUACGUGUUCAGCAAUCAAACCAACAUACAAAAGUUGUUCACUGAACAGACCCGGUCUGGCAGUAUCAGUAUGAACGAUACUAUCAUGUUUUACGGCGUUGAGACGCUGCCGUUCGGCGGUGUGGGCGCUAGCGGCAUCGGUGCCUACCAUGGCAAGAAGACUUUCGACACGUUCACACACAAGAAGAGCUGCCUCAUCAAGAACUUCUCGCCUAUUGGAGAGAAGCUCGCUUCUGGACGUUACCCGCCGUACACCGACGGCAACUUGAACUUCAUCACCACACUCAUGCGCAAGCGCUUCGGCCCCUCCCUCAAGUUCGUGCCGUAUUUACUGGCGUUCGCGCUCGGUGCCGGCCUGUCUUACGGCAUCUUCGCCUGGCAAAAGAUGAACUCGGAAGAGUAGAGAGCUGACUGAAGCGGCAUCAGACAGGAUUGCUGCAAAACUAUUGUGAUAAUGUUCUAGAGUUAAAUACUACAAAACUGGUUAUAGAGAAUAAUCCUAACAAUACUGUAAUUUGUUUUUGUUUUCACAAUAUUAUGUAUCGAUAUCGUUAUACGUAAUUUUGGUGAGACAUAUUGAGUGAGACUCUAAUUUAUACAUUUUAUCUAUAACAUUGUUCUUUCAGUUGAUAUCCACAAAGUCUAUAUUAUACAGAAAUAUUCAAGCACUUUAAACUAUUGGGCUUUAUAGGAGUAAACUAUGUGCCUUCUCUGUAGAAGUAGGUGAUAGCACACUUAGGUGAUCUAACCACAAAGCAAUAUUAGUCUUAAUUUAUUACUUUACAUACAUAAUAUAUUUUGCCAUGACGUUUACGUAUUCUCGUGCAAUUAUUGUCUUAAUUUAUAUAUGAAGGAUAUAUGCAUUUAUUUUUAUACACUUUUUGUAAGCCAAGUUUUUUCCGUUUGGCAAGCAAUUUAGGGAAUGUUAGCAUGCAGUGUAAGAUUCAAAUCACUUGCCAAACACGCUUGGCUCCUUUUUUACUGCAUUCCGUUGGCUUGAUAAGUAUAUUUCGAAUAAGUAUUUAUUGCAUUUAUUAAUCACCGCGGAAUCUAUGUUUAUUUAGGCUGGCAAGCCUUCUUGUUUUUUUACAAUGUCAUUAAAAUAUGAAGAAGAUACUUAUUUUAUUAAAAUAUGGUCAAUAAUUAUACAAACAAUAUGAAUUUACACGUUCUUUUAGCUGUAGUGGAAGCUUAUUAAAAAAUUACGUUAAUUACUUCAUAUGUAAUUUGCAAUUGUGACUGUAAACUGUAAUUGGAAUACCUAGUAGUUGUUAUAAGUUAUAAAGUUUACGUUAUUCUCGUCCUAAGCAUUAAAAAUGUAAGGUUGUUGGAUUCUACGUGUAUUUGUAAUGUAAAUAAAAGGGAACAAUGGAUCAGAGACAAA